CCGUUUAUGGCGGCUGGGCUGGGCCACCGCUCCAAAACAAAGGGCAGGCGGCCCACGGGGCGGCGGCGGGAGGAUGCCUCGCUCCCUGCCAAGGCGCCAACGGCCGGAACGCGUCCCGGGCCGCGCCGGGGCCGCCUGAGAGCCGAGCCCGCGCAGACCGAGCCCGGGCCGGAUGGGCGCUUCGGGCCGGGGGGCGGACCGCCGAGCGGCCGUUGCACCAUUUUUCUCCCGUCCCAGUGUGUGGACAGCACCACACACCGUCCAGAACAGCAACGGCUCUUGCGUGCAUUUUCCAGUGUUUCUUUUGCCAGAGAGUCCAACAGAGCCGUAGCUCCUCCACUGCUGGCCCUGAGCUGAGUGACGAGCGCCCAGCAGACAUGGUGAAAAUGACCAAAUCCAAAACCUUCCAAGCUUACCUACCAAACUGUCACCGAACGUACAGCUGUAUCCACUGCAGAGCACACCUGGCCAAUCAUGAUGAACUCAUCUCCAAGUCCUUUCAGGGAAGUCAGGGGCGUGCCUAUCUCUUCAACUCUGUGGUGAAUGUGGGCUGUGGCCCUGCUGAGGAGAGGGUCCUUCUGACCGGGCUGCAUGCAGUGGCUGACAUCUACUGUGAGAACUGCAAGACCACACUCGGGUGGAAAUAUGAACAUGCCUUUGAGAGCAGUCAGAAAUACAAGGAAGGAAAAUUUAUUAUUGAACUUGCCCACAUGAUCAAAGAUAACGGCUGGGAGUAAAGUGGAAGCUUUCCAUUCCUGUUUGAAUACUAUUUUAUGAAAGCUGAGUGUAAUGAAGACAUAGCUUCUUGGUGACAGUACUUCUUGAACUUUAACCUCGCAGGCCAGCCCAGUUUCAACACUUGAAGGCCUCUUUGGGCCAUCCCCUUGGGUAAGGCAUCCCCCCUCUGUGUCCCCUUCAUGUACAUUGUUGUUUCUGAGUUUGCCUUUUUCUAACUUCUUUCUUAAGUUCUAGAGAAAGAAUUAACCAACUGAUGACU